AUGACGACUCUAAAGUAUAUCAUGAUACAGCACGCUACGGUCCUGUCUAUGGAUCCAAAUAUGGGCAAUUUGUUCAAUUACGAUAUUCUCAUUAAGGAUGAUACAAUUGCUGCCGUGGGGCCGGCGCUCUCUAUUCCUAAACAUAGUAAGUGCGACAUCAUUGACGGUACGGACAGCAUUAUCACUCCCGGGUUUGUGGAUGGUCAUCACCAUAUGUGGCAGCAAUUCCUUCGUUCUGUUACGAACGACUGGUCACUUCUUGAUUACCUGAUCAACAUGCGCACUAAAUAUAGGAGCUUGUUCACCACCGAUGAUAUAUACUUUGCUCAAUAUGUCGCUGGACUCAGCCUACUUAGUAAUAGGGUGACCACGGUUCUUGAUUAUUGCCAUAUUAUCAAUGCGCCGUCUUUUGCAGAUGCUGCUGUGCGAGGCCUUAAGGACUCUGGAAUCAGAGGCACCUUUUACUACGGUUUUUAUCCUAACCCUCCAAUGCUGGUAUAUAUAAGCGGAGAACCUUCCGAAAACUUCACUCAGGAGCUACACGAGCAGGAUGCCGUCCGUGUACUGAAAGAGCAUUUCCCUAAUAACGAUCCGAAUAUAUCAUUGCUCACAUUCGGCAUUACACCUAAUGAACCUAAAGCAACACUAAUAGAGACGAUCAAGGAAGAACUGAGAAAAUCACGCGCAAUAGGCGCUAGGCUUAUUACGUACCACGUCGCUAUAGGCGAACUUGCCGCUAUUAAAGACAGCGGUUCCGGUAUCGUGGCAACCCCAGACACUAAGCUCCAAAUGGGGAUAGGACAUCCUGUUGCCUUCUAUGUAAUUGACAAUAGCUGUCAUUCCUGUCUCGGUAUAGAUAUCACAUCUAAUAACAGCAACGAUUUUAUAGCGCAGAUGAGACUGGCACUACAAACUCAGCCUUUCCUCAAGACUGUAAAGCGAAAGACAGAAGAAGUGUUACGUAUGGCUACGAUUGGCGGCGCUGAAGUAAUGCGUUUGCAAGAUGUAACCGGUUCGAUAACAAAAGGAAAGAAGGCUGAUUUAGUGCUGUUUCGAUGCAAUGAAAUUAACUUAUUUCCUAGUUUUGACCCAGUUAGGACGGUGGUAUUUCACAUGUCGCAUAGUAAUAUCGAUACAGUCAUUGUGGAUAGGAGAGUGGCGAAGAGGAAUGGGGAAUUAGUUAGAGUAGAUUGGCCGAACUUGCGAGAAGAAAUUAGAUUAAGGUUAAAGAGAAUUGUGGAUAAAGUAGAGAAGAUUGAUAUGACGAAGUACAGGGAGAGAUGGGAGAAGAUCCUUGGUCUUUGGGAGGGGAAGUAA